AUGGGGUUCACCAAACUUGUUAUUGCUGGAAGCACCGGCUGGAUAGCUGACCAUGCUAUCCGGGCCAUCUUGGCAUCUGCAAAGCCCAAAUAUGAUGUUACAAUCUUGACCCGAGCCAACGGCGGCAAGGAAGUACCGUCCCUACCAGGCGCAAAGGUCAUAGCGGUUGACUACUGUAAUCACGAUCAACUUGUGAAAAUUUUCACUGGAGCUGACGCAAUUCUGUCGUUUAUCUCUGGUCCGCCGUCCAAAAUCGUCGACAAGCUGCUGCUCAAGGCUGCGCAAGAGGCCGGUAUCCGGCGUAUAUUCCCGUCUGAGUACACUCUCGACAUUUUGCACCAGGACGCAGUUACCCUCUUAACAGAAGGUGGAAAUUGGCCUGAUGACAGCUCGCCCGUGCUGACAGCCCGCAAGUUCGUUUCCCUGGCCGAAGAAGGUGGGCCUACAAGUUUCACAACAUUGAUCCCAUCUGCCUUUAUGGAUGGAUGGCUAGAAGGAGCUUUUGGCUCAUUUGACCCAACAAAUCGCAAAGUUACCGUCGUCGAUAGUGGAGAUUUUACCUUCUCGGGAUGUACUCUCCGCUACUUGGGAGCUGCCAUCGUCGCAGUUCUCCAAAUGGACGAGGAUAAAACCAAGAAUAAGCGCAUACAUAUAAGUGAGAUUCGUACUACUAUGAACGAGAUUACGGAAGUAUUUGAGGAGACUUUGGGCGCAAAGUUUGACAAGGCCCACAUUACUUCUCAAGAGCUGCUUGGUCAGCGCAAUGCGAACCUCGCGGCUGGCAAUCCUUUCAGUGAACUCGCUGUUACCAUUCUUGUGGGUGCCUUCAACGGAUGCGGAGCAGGUGACCUGAUUGACGGCCUGGACUUUGAUGGCGACGGCUAUUUGGCGCUGAAGAAGAAGACACUCAAGGAGAUGGUUAUUGAAGCUUUACAGAAGAUUGGCGCUUAG